AGACCCGCCCUGCAGUCGCCUGGGACCCCUCCCCCGUCUGCCGCUCGUUCCCGCGCCUCUUCUGUCUCCCAGGGUCUCCCCAUUUUCCUGUCCUCUCCGUCCUCCCUCUGCCUCUCUCUCUCCGGUUUCCUCGACACCUGCGCCCUCUCCAGUCUCCGCCCGGGUCGCGUCUCCCUCGCGGUCUCAGCGCCCCCUCCCUCCCCCGCCGCAGCCCUUUGUUUCCCGGCGGAGUAGUUCCUGGGUUGCCGAGCGUCUCUGUCUCCGCAUCUCUCCUCGCCCCGCCUCCUCCCUGCCUGGAUCCGCCCUGCCCGCAGCCUCUCCUCCCCUUCCUCCCCGCCGCCACGGCCCCGUAGGUGCUCGGGGACCCACCUUCCACCCAGCACGGGUUCGUUCCCCUCUCCCGGCCUGGCCCGGGCUCCCCGGUGGCCGCCGCCCCCGCCUUCUCCCGGGGAGGGGGUCAGGUGGGCGGGCACUAUUGUUGUAGGAGCCGGCGCCAGAUUCCUCAGCCGCGCUCGGGGUGGGACCGGCUGGGUUUGGGAGGGUGGGGUGGGGGGAGCGGUGAUUUGAGCUCCGAGCAGCUGGUCUUCGCGGCUCGCUCCCUCCUUCGCGCUCUCUCGCUCCCUGCCGCCGCCCGCAGGGCUGCGGGGCUCGGUGGCAUCUCCCGGGCGCGGCCCGCAGUCCUUGCCCCUGCUUCCGGGCCGCUCCCGCCCCCGGCGCCGCUCGCUCCCCCCACCCGGACUCCCCCAUGUAUGACGACUCCUACGUGCCCGGGUUUGAGGACUCGGAGGCGGGUUCAGCCGACUCCUACACCAGCCGCCCAUCUCUGGACUCAGACGUCUCCCUGGAGGAGGACCGGGAGAGUGCCCGGCGUGAAGUAGAGAGCCAGGCUCAGCAGCAGCUCGAAAGGGCCAAGCACAAACCUGUGGCAUUUGCGGUGAGGACCAAUGUCAGCUACUGUGGCGUACUGGAUGAGGAGUGCCCAGUCCAGGGCUCUGGAGUCAACUUUGAGGCCAAAGAUUUUCUGCACAUUAAAGAGAAGUACAGCAAUGACUGGUGGAUCGGGCGGCUAGUGAAAGAGGGCGGGGACAUCGCCUUCAUCCCCAGCCCCCAGCGCCUGGAGAGCAUCCGGCUCAAACAGGAGCAGAAGGCCAGGAGAUCUGGGAACCCUUCCAGCCUGAGUGACAUUGGCAACCGACGCUCCCCUCCGCCAUCUCUAGCCAAGCAGAAGCAAAAGCAGGCGGAACAUGUUCCCCCAUAUGACGUGGUGCCCUCCAUGCGGCCUGUGGUGCUGGUGGGACCCUCUCUGAAAGGUUAUGAGGUCACAGACAUGAUGCAGAAGGCUCUCUUCGACUUCCUCAAACACAGAUUUGAUGGCAGGAUCUCCAUCACCCGAGUCACAGCCGACCUCUCCCUGGCAAAGCGAUCUGUGCUCAACAAUCCUGGCAAGAGGACCAUCAUUGAGCGCUCCUCUGCCCGCUCCAGCAUUGCGGAAGUGCAGAGUGAGAUCGAGCGCAUAUUUGAGCUGGCCAAAUCCCUGCAGCUAGUAGUGUUGGACGCUGACACCAUCAACCACCCAGCACAGCUGGCCAAGACCUCGCUGGCCCCCAUCAUCGUCUUUGUCAAAGUGUCCUCACCAAAGGUACUCCAGCGUCUCAUUCGCUCCCGGGGGAAGUCACAGAUGAAGCACCUGACCGUACAGAUGAUGGCAUAUGAUAAGCUGGUUCAGUGCCCACCGGAGUCAUUUGAUGUGAUUCUGGAUGAGAACCAGCUGGAGGAUGCCUGUGAGCACCUGGCUGAGUACCUGGAGGUUUACUGGCGGGCCACGCACCACCCAGCCCCUGGCCCCGGACUUCUGGGUCCUCCCAGUGCCAUCCCUGGACUUCAGAACCAGCAGCUGCUGGGGGAGCGUGGCGAGGAGCACUCCCCCCUUGAGCGGGACAGCUUGAUGCCCUCUGAUGAGGCCAGCGAGAGCUCCCGCCAAGCCUGGACAGGAUCUUCACAGCGUAGCUCCCGCCACCUGGAGGAGGACUAUGCAGAUGCCUACCAGGACCUGUACCAGCCUCACCGCCAACACACCUCGGGGCUGCCUAGUGCUAACGGGCAUGACCCCCAAGACCGGCUUCUAGCCCAGGACUCAGAGCACAACCACAAUGACCGGAACUGGCAGCGCAACCGGCCUUGGCCCAAGGAUAGCUACUGACAGCCUCCUGCUGCCCUACCCUGACAGGCACAGGCGCAGCUGGCUGGGGGGCCCACUCCAGGCAGGGUGGCGUUAGACUGGCAUUAGGCUGGCACUAGGCUCAGCCCCCAAAACCCCCUGCCCAGCCCCAGCUUCAGGGCUGCCUGUGGUCCCAAGGUUCUGGGAGAAACGGGGCCCCCUCACCUCCUGGGCAGUGACCCCUACUAGGCUCCCAUUCCAGGUACUAGCUGUGUGUUCUGCACCCCUGGCACCUUCCUCUCCUCCCACACAGGAAGCUGCCCCACUGGGCAGUGCCCUCAGGCCAGGAUCCCCUUAGCAGGGUCCUUCCCACCAGACUCAGGGAAGGGAUGCCCCAUUAAAGUGACAAAAGGGUGGGGUGUGGGCACCAUGGCAUGAGGAAGAAACAAGGUCCCUGAGCAGGCACAAGUCCUGACAGUCAAGGGACUGCUUUGGCAUCCAGGGCCUCCAGUCACCUCACUGCCACACAUUAGAAAUGAGACAAUCAUAGCCCCCCCAGGGUGGCACACCCAUCCGUUUGCUGGGGUGUGGCAGCCACAUCCAAGACUGGAGCAGCAGGCUGGCCACGCUCGGGCCAGAGAGAGCUCACAGCUGAAGCUCUUGGAGGGAAGGGCUCUCCUCACCCUGCCAGGAAGCUUCUUAACAUGUGACAGGACCAGGGACCAGGAGCAUGGUGAAGCCAAGUGGCAGAUGGGAGCCAACCUGGAUGGGGGUUUGGGGAAGGAGGGCGUGUGUAGCAGAGAACUUAGGGGGGCCUCCUUGCCUUUCUCAUUCUUUUGCCCUGCAUCCUGUCAUUACUGUUCUUGUCCCUCAUACAUCCUUGGAGAACCGGGCUCCAGACUUUGUUCCCUGACUCAUAGCUGCCGCUUGUUAGGUUAGGGUUAGAUGGGGAGAGACAGGGCACAGAGGACCUGUCUCCCCGGCUACUCUUGCCUUAUGGGUCUAGUGUGUGACCUACAGAGCAUGUUCCACAAGCCCCUGCCUCACCUCACUGUCAUCACUAAUAAACAUCAUGCACAGUC